AUGGUUAGAACGGUCUGCGGAGAUGACAUUGCUAACAAACUAGAAUUAAUCCCACUUUCGGAUAACACUGUUAAACGAAGAAUAGACCUUAUGUCUGAAAAUAUUUUAAAACAUCUAGUUCAUCAAGUGAUUGCAGCUAAUAAAUUUUCAAUACAAAUUGAUGAAUCUGUUGAUAUUCAAAAUAACGCACCAUUAAUGGUAUUCAUACGUUAUCGAAGUACUGACGAUUUUCGGGAAGAAUUUUUAUUUUGUGAGCCUCUUCUUACAUCGGCAACUGGCUUAGAUAUUUUUAAUGAAGUUGAUGGAUUUUUUCGGAAAAAUAAUCUAGAUUGGUCAACUAGAGCAAUUCAGCCAGAAUUUUAUUCAGUACUUCAAGACGUAAUUCAAAUUGUCAAUUUUAUAAAAGCUAGAGCACUAAAUUCAAGAAUAUUCCAUGCCAUGUGUGAUGAGAUGGGAUCACAGUAUGUAAAUUUACUUUAUCACUCGGAUGAAAAACUAUCUCAAGGAAAAAUUGCCACAUUUGCCCUUUUAAGUGAAUUUCUUGAAGAUUCAACAAAAGUUACAUUAAAUGACUUAAAAUUACUGCUUCAAAAGUACUUGAACAAAUUACAGUUGGAACUCAAUCGAUAUAUACCAGAAAACGUAGAGCUCAGUAAAUACAAUUGGGUAAGAAAUCCUUUUGAAGUUUCUGUUCACGAAGUUGGUGAAGACAUUUGUGGGUUUCAAGAAGAACUUCUUGACCUUCAAGCCAGUCAAGUCUUAAAAGACAAUUUUUCAAGAAUGUGUUUGACGCAAUUUUGGGCACAACUAAAAGAUAAACCGAUUGUAUCAAGAGAAUUCGAAAAUGCAUUACUACCAUUCCCAACCACAUACUUAUGUGAAGCCGGGUUUUCUACGUUAGUUGUCAUCAAAACAAAGUAUAGAAAUCGCCUUGAUGCUCAACACGAUAUGCGAUGUGCACUUUCAAUGAAUAUACAUCCAAAUAUUGAAGAACUCGUGGAAUAUGUUCAGCAUCAAGGAAGUCAUUAA